GCAUUUGGCAGCACAGUUGACGAGCACACACAAUGAAGGAAAGCAACAGAAUUCAACCUAAGAACAGGGACGGAGUAUGCAACCAGGCGUUUGAAAUAGAGGAAGGCUGCAUAGGAGAUCUUGGCAGCAGCAAAAAGCAAGAGGAACAGUCUAGAAAAGGACUCGGCUCAUAUUUAAGCCAAAUUUCCAAGCCGAUUUACGCCACCGAGGAUUACCUGAAAGCUCACUCCAAAACCUUCAAGUACGCAGUCUUGGGCAUACUCGGAGCAGGGUAUGUGGCAUUUUUCAUCACCGCCUGUGUUUUGGAUUUCCAGAGGGCCACAGCCCUGGUGGUCCUCACCUGCCUGGCAGUUACGUCCAAGUCCUACGACCUGGUCAAAAAGUACAAGGGGGAGAGUAUCAGUCGUUGUUUCGAACCUGCGCUGGAAUGCUUCACCUCUAACUUAAGGUGGAUUAAAUGGGUCUUCAUCGUCAUUGUGGCGAUUCUGCUCAUACUGUGGUUGACGCUAGACACCAUAAAACGCCCCGAACAGCUUAUCUCCUUUGGCGGUGUGUGCAUGUUCAUCCUGCUCCUCUUCACCUGCUCAGCACACAGGACAGCGGUGACAUGGAGGCCAGUGUUAUGGGGUCUGGGCAUGCAGUUCUGCAUUGGACUUUUCGUCAUCAGGACGCAACCUGGACUCAUUGCUUUCCAGUGGCUCGGACGACAAGUGCAGAUCUUCCUGGACUACACCAAAGAAGGCUCCUCGUUUGUUUUCGGAGAUUUGAUCACAGGCAUCUUUGCCUUUCAGGUUCUGCCAAUCGUUGUGUUCUUCAGCAGCGUGAUGUCGGUGCUUUACUUCCUGGGCAUCAUGCAAUGGCUCAUUCUAAAGAUCUCCUGGGUUAUGCAGAUAACAAUGGGAACCUCUCCCACAGAGACCUUGAGCAUAGCAGGCAAUAUAUUUGUCGGCCAGACAGAAGCGCCCCUGCUCAUUCGGCCCUACUUAAAGAACAUGACCAAGUCUGAGAUCCAUGCUGUCAUGACGGGAGGAUUUGCCACAAUUGCCGGCAGCGUCAUGGGCGCUUUCAUCUUAUUUGGGAUUGAUGCGUCCUCCUUGAUAUCAGCCUCAGUUAUGGCUGCUCCCUGUGCGUUGGCCAUGUCCAAGCUGUCUUACCCAGAGACAGAAGAGAGCCCCUCCAAGUCACAGAAGAAUAUUGAAGUAUCUUGUGGAGAUGAACAGAACAUCCUCGAGGCGGCCAGCAGUGGAGCUUCAGCAUCCAUAGGCCUGGUGGCCAACAUCGCAGCAAACAUCAUCGCCUUUCUCGCCAUCCUGGCCUUCAUUAACCAGGCUCUGAGAUGGUUUGGAGGGAUGGUGGGCUAUCCUGACGUCACCUUUCAGUUAUUCUGCUCAUACAUCUUUAUGCCCGUGGCCUUCAUGAUGGGAGUCCCGUACGAGGAGAGCUUCACCAUAGCCGAGCUGAUCGGCACCAAGCUUUUCCUCAAUGAGUUUGUGGCCUACGAGAAGUUAUCCAAGUUGAAGAGCAACAGACUCAAGGGGCUGGAUGCAGUUAUUGACGGGCAGAGACAAUGGGUUUCAGUGCGAUCAGAAAUAAUCAGCACUUACGCUCUGUGCGGCUUUGCCAACUUCAGCUCCCUUGGCGUCAUGAUUGGCGGCCUGUCCUCUAUAUGCCCAUCUAGAAGAGGUGAUGUCUCAAGCUUGGUACUGCGUUCAAUGAUCACGGCCACAUGUGUGUCGCUGGUCAAUGCUUGCAUUGCAGGGAUUCUCUUUGUCCCUCCACUGGACUGUGUGAAUCUCUUCAGUGAGUUGGCCUUUAAUGGCACAGAUGCUAACUUGCAAACCUGCUGCAACGACCUCUUUGCCAGCACCAUCAACAACGGGACGAUCUCAUUCAAAGGCUCGUGGAGCACGGUCGCAAACGUCACCGUGUUUUUGUCCAAGUGCUGUCAGUGCUGUGGUCUUUCUCAAGACGCACUUUGUAUGUAGAGGAAGUAAACGCUCGCUCACCUGUUCCCUAUAGUUCAGUUGCACUUACCAUACGUAUGUCACAUGUAUUAAUGUAGAUUAGGCUGCUGAAAUACCUUUUUACUGGAGAACUACAGUGGGUCUGAAGGACUUUUUACCUGAUUCUUGUGAGAAUCCUGCAUGUGACUGAAGCAUUAAAGAUUGGGGGUCGAUAAAUAUAUCCACAACUAUCUGCGGUGUGCUCAAAUAACCACCAGGUAGCACCUGUGAGUGGGUAAUACCAGAACCAUGUGUGUAGAGAGAGUAUGGCCAACUAGGUUUCAAAGUUGGUAGCAAACAUGGCGCACUGUAGUCAUGUGAGGGACUUUUGACCAAUUAGUGCAGGGGUCACCAACCUUUUUGAAACCAAGAGCUACUUCUUGGGUACUGAUUAAUGCGAAGGGCUACCAGUUUAAUACACACUUAAAUAAAUUGCCAGAAAAAGCCAUUUUGCUUAAUUUACCAUUAAUAAAUAAAUCUAUAUAUAUAUAUAUAUAUAUAUAUAUAUAUAUAUAUAUAAAUAAAAAAAUGGGUAUUUCUGUCUGUCAUUCCGUCGUACAUUUUUUUUCCUUUUAUGGAAGGUUUUUUGUAGAGAAUAAAUGAUGAAAAAACACUUGAUUGAACGGUUUAAAAGAGGAGAAAACAGGAAAAAAAUUCCAAUUAAAUUUUGAAACAUAGUUUAUUUUCUAUUUCGACUCUUUAAAAUUCAAAAUUCAACCAAAAAAAAGAGGAGAUAAACUAGCUAAUUCGAAUCUUUUGGAAAAAAUUGAAAAAAGAAUUUAUGGAACAUCAUGAGUAAUUUUUCCUGAUUAAGAUUAAUUUUAGAAUGUUGAUGACAUGUUUUAAAUAGGUUAAAAUACAAUCUGCAUUUUGUUAGAAUAUAUAACUAAUUGGACCAAGCUAUAUUUCUAACAAAGACAAAUCAUUAUUUCUUCUAGAUUUUUCCAUAAGACAAUUUUUAAAAGAAAUUCAAAAGACUUUGAAAUAAGAUUUAAAUUUGAUUCUAAAGAUUUUCUAGAUUUGCCAGAAUAUUUUUUUUGAUUUUUAAUCAUAAUAAGUUUGAAGAAAUAUUUUGCAAAUAUUCUUCGUCGAAAAAACAGAAGCUAAAAUGAAUAAUUAAAUAAAUGUAUUUAUUAUUCUUUACAAUAAAACAAAUAAAUUUACUUGAACAUUGAUUUAAAUUGUCAGGAAAGAAGAGGAAGGAAUUUAAAAGGUAAAAAGGUAUAUGUAUUUAAAAAUCCUAAAAUCAUUUUUAAGGUUGUAUUUUUUUCUCUAAAAUUGUCUUUCUGAAAGUUAUAAGAAGCAAAGUAAAAAAUAAAAAUGGAUUUAUUUAAACAAGUGAAGACCAAGUCUUUAAAAUAUUUUCUUGGAUUUUCAAAUUCUAUUUGCGUUUUGUCUCUCUUAGAAUUAAAAAUGUCGAGCAAAGCGAGACCAGCUUGCUGGUAAAUAAAUACAAUUAAAAAAAUAGAGGCAGCUCACUGGUAAGUGCUGUUAUUUGAGCUAUUUUUAGAACAGGCCAGCGGGCUACUCAUCUGGUCCUUACGGGCGACCUGGUGCUUGCGGGCACCGCGUUGGUGACCCCUAAUUAGAGUAUGACCAGAGGAUCUUCUAAAUGAGUGGUCAAAAGCCCCUCAUGAGACUACAGGGCGCCAUGUUUGCCACCUACUCUCAACCGGUGUUGGCCACAACCUCUCUGUACAAGGCUCUGGAUAAUACUGUAUCAUUGUUUUCUCUUUUGGACUUAUCAAGUCUUUCCCAUUGAGGAAACACCAUUUUUCACGCAUUCUUCACCCACGCUUCAAGUGAGGUAUGAGGCGAAAAGUAAUCCAAACCCACUAUAAUAUGAGUAGCUUGUUUUAAGUAUUACAACUUUAUAAUAACAAAUCAAACAAAUAUAGUUUUAGUAAAGGUAUAUCUGUAUAUCUGUCAUGUAUUAUAUUGUAAAUUGAAUAAGAAGUUGAAUUUCUUUAAGGCUGUGUUUAAAAAAGGACUCCAAGAUGAAAUACCUCAAGGAACUUUUGAUGAAUGUACAUAUAGUCCACAUAAUGAAUGUUUGGUCAUGUCACUUUGUUUAAAGAUGAUGAAAUGUAUAGUUGUACCUUGUGAAAAAAUAAACAAACAAAAAGACCUGAACGAAUCCUUCUCAAAAACAAGGUUUGACGUUUUUAUUAAAAAUAGAAAAUACAUUAGUUUGACAUAGUGUAACAGACCAAACAUUAAAAAGGCACAUCUUUGUCUCUCACUUGCUUGCAUAUUUUUUAGUCCUAUUGUACAGCUUUUUUUUUUUUACCAAAUCCAUUUUGUAAAUUGAGUUUGAUAUUUAUUGCAUGGCAGUGAAGAUUGUUUUCCAAGCAACUCCAGUGGAUCAUUUGAGGAUUCCUAUUGAUGAUUAACCCCCAAUCUAUUCCACACAUUCCUGAUGUCUGUUCUGUGUGGGAUUCGAAAACAAAAGCCCUCCUGUCUUUGCAGAACAUGUGCAAACUGGUGCCAGAGAUAAGAAAUGUUCAAGUGGAAGUAGUAUUGCGCUUUUUGCUACUGCUGACGUACCUGAGGUGCUUAGCAUUGUCA